UAUAUUGAAAUAUUAAGAAAUUGAAUCAAACUUAGCUUUCCACCAAUAAGAGAUUUGGAGUUGAAAUAUUUUAUUAAAACCGACACGGAAAUCAGAUCUUAACCAUUUUCAUUAUCAGAUCUCAGAUCUCACUGUUUCUACUUAUCGUAAUCUCUCUCUUCAAAGUUUAAUCACAUUCCAGUUUCACUGAUCAGUUCAGGGGACAGAUCAGCGGACAUUAGCUGAUUUCAAUGGCGAUCGCCGUCAGGGGAAGUCGAAGCGGCGGGUCAGGCGGAGUUGGAGCUGGUUUCCGCAGUUUCUUCUCUUACAGGAUCUUCAUCUCAGCCAUGUUUACGCUCCUCUUCAUUGUCACCGUCUCCGUUGUCAUCACUUCUCGUCCUCCUACAACGCAUCGCCACUCUAGUCUUCCAAGUGGCGCAAAUGUUUACAUGCACCGAACAUUUCUGGCAUUGAAUUCAGAUCCUCUCAAAACAAGGUUAGAUUUGAUAUACAAGCAAGCCAAUGAUCACAUCACGUUAGUGAAAGCAUAUGCAGCUUAUGCAAUGCGGGUAAAGCUUGAAAUUUCGAGGCAGUUGAAAAUGUUUGAUGAUUUAGCUAAGAACUUCUCAGACCUUAAUUCGAAACCGAGUUAUAAAUCCUCUUUGUUUGAGACCGAUGGGAAUUUAGAUGAGGAUGUUUUGAGGCAGUUUGAGAAAGAAGUGAAAGAUAGAGUGAAAUUUGCUAGGUCUUUGGUAGCUGAAUCUAAAGAGAAUUAUGAUAACCAGUUGAAAAUUCAGAAGUUGAAAGAUACCAUUUUCUCCGUUAGUGAAUUGCUAGGAAAGGCCAAAAAGAACGGAGCUUUGGCUAGCUCGAUUGCUGCUAAAUCAAUUCCUAAGAGUUUGCAUUGCUUGGCAAUGAGGCUUGUGGAGGAGAGAGUUGCUCACCCAGAAAAGUAUAAGGAAGAGUUGCCUAAGGCUGAGUUUGAGGAUCCUAGUUUGUAUCAUUAUGCUGUAUUUUCAGAUAAUGUGAUUGCAGUUUCUGUGGUCGUGAGGUCUGUGGUGAAGAAUGCCGAGGAGCCGUGGAAACAUGUGUUCCAUGUGGUGACUGAUAGAAUGAAUGUGGCUGCAAUGAAAGUUUGGUUUAGAAUGAGACCCGUGGAAGGGGGUGCCCAUUUGGAGGUGAAGGCAGUGGAAGAUUAUAGCUUCUUGGAUUCUUCCUACGUGCCAGUGUUAAGGCGGAUUGAGUCUGCUAAGAUGCAGAGGUUUAGUCCCGAGAAAACGAUGGAGAAUGCGACAAAAGAUGGGAGCAACAUGAAGUUAAAGAACCCCGUGUCUACUUCAAUGUUGAAUCACCUCAGAUUUUAUUUGCCCGAAAUGUACCCAAAAUUGCAUAAGAUUUUGUUAUUGGAUGAUGAUGUCGUGGUUCAGAAGGACAUGACAGGGUUGUGGAAGAUAGAUCUAGCUGGAAAGGUAAAUGGUGCUGUCGAGACCUGCUUUGGCUCAUUUCAUCGGUUCUCUCAGUAUUUGAACUUUUCACAUCCUCUCAUUAAGGAGAGGUUUAAUCCUAAGGCUUGUGCUUGGGCCUUUGGGAUGAACAUUUUUGAUCUUGAUGCUUGGAGGCGAGAGAAAUGCACGGAAACAUAUCAUGAGUGGCAAAACUUGAAUGAGGAUCAAACUCUAUGGCAAUUGGAUACUCUUCCGCCUGGCCUGAUCACAUUCUACUCUUUGACCAAAUCAUUAGACAAAUCUUGGCAUGUGCUCGGGCUUGGAUACAAUCCAAGCAUUAGCAUGGAUGAGAUCAAGAAUGCCGCAGUCAUUCAUUAUAACGGAAACAUGAAACCUUGGCUGGACAUAGCUAUGAAUCAAUACAAGAACCUUUGGACUAAAUACGUGGAUAACGAUAUGGAGUUUGUGCAGAUGUGCAAUUUCGGAGUCUAGCUAAGUUAAAGUGCUUGUUCAUAGUGCCUUGCAAUAUUCCACCAGCAUUUUGGAUUUCAUUGUUCACUAGAUUACCUUCCAGAACAAAGCUCGAUGGUUUUUAUCGUCGGUUUUCUUUAUUAUUAUCCCAUUUAUUUUAGAAUUACAAUCAUUGAUUCUUAAAUUUUGCUGUUCUGUCUAGGAAUAUGUCAAGCAUGUAUUGUACUGAACCAGAUAGCUUAUGUACACAAGGAAACGAUUCUUUUGGUUAGUAAAGUCUUCUCCAUUAA